UUGCAGUGGCCCAGUUCACUCUUCACUCUCCGUCCGCGAUCCCAUCGCUUCCGCAUCGUCCCGGGGCGACGCAGACGCAAGGCACCGCGCCGACCGCUCUCCGAGGCACGAGGGCCCAGCCAUGAAGUCCCUGGCCGCGCACGGCACCGACCUGCUCCGCGGCCCGCACCGACUCCGCGUCGCCGUGCUCGCGUUCGCCGUCGCCGUCGCCUUCCUCGUCGGCUACCACUGGCCCGACGCCUCCCCGCGCCUCAUCUUCUUCUCAUCCACCACCGCCCCCGCGUCUUCCCGCUCACCUUCCGUCGCCCUCUCCCCCAACUCCAAUCUCUCCUUCGACCCAUCCCUGAUCCCCACAACCGCCACCGCCACCGUUCCGCCUGCUUCUCCUACUGCCAAUGCCCCGCCCCCGCCUUCAGUACCGCCGCCGCCGCCCACGCCCACGCCGCCGCCUCCCCUCCUCCUCCCGCCCCUGCCCACGCGCCUUGGCAUCGUUGGCGAGGACGGCGAGAUGCGGGACGACUUCGACAUCGGCAGCACCGGCGCCAACGACACCUAUCUGGCCACCGGCGAAGCCGCACCGCAGGAGCCGGGCAACGCGGGCGCCGGCGGCGGGACCAGGGGCAGGGCUCGGGUUGGGAUGUUCCUCGUCUGCCCCGAGAGCAUCAGGGAGUACAUACCCUGCCUCGACAACGAGGAGGAGAUCAAGCGGCUGCCCUCGACGGAGCGCGGCGAGCGGUUCGAGCGGCACUGCCCUACCAAGGACAAUGCUCUCAGCUGCCUCGUGCCGGCGCCCAAGGGGUACAAGGCGCCCAUCCCCUGGCCUCGGAGCAGAGACGAGGUGUGGUUUAGCAAUGUGCCUCACACACGAUUGGUUGAUGACAAAGGAGGGCAGAAUUGGAUUACCAAGGUUAAAGAUAAAUUCAGAUUUCCUGGUGGAGGAACUCAAUUCAUUCAUGGAGCAAAUCAAUACCUGGACCAGAUUUCCCAGAUGGUACCAGAUGUUGCAUUUGGAUCUCAUACUAGAGUUGUCCUGGAUGUUGGCUGUGGAGUAGCAAGUUUUGGUGCAUAUUUACUUUCACGUGACGUCUUGACAUUGUCCAUAGCUCCAAAAGAUGUUCAUGAAAAUCAGAUACAGUUUGCUCUUGAGCGUGGUGUGCCUGCAAUGGUAGCAGCAUUUGCAACACACCGACUAUUAUAUCCCAGCCAAUCGUUUGAUAUUAUCCAUUGUUCCCGCUGCCGAAUAAAUUGGACUCGUGAUGACGGAAUCCUGCUCCUGGAGGUUAAUAGACUGCUUAGAGCUGGUGGUUACUUUGCUUGGGCAGCCCAACCUGUUUAUAAGCAUGAAGAGGCCCAACAAGAGGCAUGGAAAGAGAUGGAGGACCUCACUGCCCGACUUUGUUGGGAGCUUGUGAAGAAAGAGGGAUAUAUUGCUAUGUGGAGGAAACCUUUAAAUAACUCAUGCUACAUGAACCGUGAUCCAGCAGCCAAACCUCCAUUUUGUGAUGCUAAAGAUAAUCCAGAUGAUGUCUGGUAUGUUAAUCUGAAAGCAUGUAUCAGUCGGCUUCCUGAAAAUGGUGAAGGACUAACUCCCAUCCGAUGGCCUGCACGCCUAAUGGAGCCGCCAAAGAGGCUUCAAGGUGUUCAAAUGGAUGCAUACUCGUCAAAGAAUGAGCUUUUCAAAGCAGAAACAAAAUUUUGGGAUGACAUAGUUGAAGGUUAUAUUCGAGUUUUUAAGUGGAGGAAGUUCAAAUUCCGGAAUGUAAUGGACAUGAGGGCUGGAUUUGGAGGGUUUGCAGCUGCAUUGAUCAACCAUAAACUUGAUUGUUGGGUGAUGAAUGUUGUUUCUGUUAGUGAACCUAAUACGCUUCCUGUAAUUUAUGACCGGGGGCUUCUUGGAGUGGCUCAUGACUGGUAUGCAUUUGUAUAUUCUGGUGUGAACCAUUUGAUACAUACCCAAGGACGUAUGAUCUACUGCAUGCAUUCAGUCUUUUCUCAAAUGAGCAGAAAAGGUGUAACAUCUCAAGCAUCUUGCUGGAGAUGGAUCGCAUACUCAGACCAGGUGGCAGGGCUUAUAUUCGUGAUCGGAAAGAAGUUAUACAGGAGAUAAAAGAAGUAACAAACGCCAUGGGGUGGCGUGCUACUAUACGGGACACUUCCGAAGGCCCAUACGCUAGUCGGAAGGUUUUGAUGUGUGACAAGCCUAUGGCGCGUUAACCUUUGGAACUGCGGAGCAGGGCUGCGGUGACAUGUGGAUUAAUGUUCCGGCACCUUUGGAGCUGACUACAAGAGCUGCUAUCGAGACUGACAUUUGUUCCUUAGAUAGGAUAGGUAAAGGUCAAAAUUUGUAACUACGCAAUUUGAUUGAUCAUUCGUUUGUACAAUGAUGACGUGUAGUUCUGACGCAUGGCAUAUUUUUGUUGUAACAUCUAACGUUGGAAAGGAGAAUUGUUUUUCCGGAAGAAAAAGAGGGGCCUCUC